AUAGUAUUUACCGAAAUCCGCAGCAGCACGGAUCGGUUGAAAGAUUUUGUUGAGCGUUUCGGUUCAAUUUUGUUUUAAGAAUUUUUUAAAGUCAAACAACUGUUUUAAAGUGUGUUCAAAAUGGUCCCAAAAAUGGGGCUCCUGAUGCCCGCGUUGUUCCUCCUGAUGGUGCAGUUGGGUCACGUUUUAACUCUUGAACCAAAUGAGCCAUGCGUCGAUCCCAACGGCCAAUCGGGAAGUUGUGUUUUUUUGCGGGAAUGUCCAGCAUUUGUGGCCAUUUUUAGCCAGGGAGUGGUCAGUCCGGAUCAAACCGAAUUCGUUCAGAGCAGUCGCUGUGGAAGCUCGGGCGGAAAACCAUUGCUCUGUUGCGCCGGCAUUAACGUGGCCAAUCGAGUAUCCGGUAGCAGCGCACUUCCAAAACCCCCGAACUGUGGCAUAGAUUUGGCAGACCGAAUCGUCGGUGGUCAACCAACGGCCCUGGACGAAUACCCGUGGGCAACUCUGAUCAACUACCGGAAGCCGAACGGCAACACCGGAUUUCAUUGCGGCGGAUCGCUCAUCAAUUCCCGCUACGUCAUCACGGCUGGCCACUGUAUCAAUGCCAUUCCGCGUGGUUGGACUGUUAUCGGUGUUCGGCUGGGUGAGUACGAUCUGAAGCACGACGGACAGGACUGUCUGGAGAGCGAGUGUGCUGACGUUCCGGUCGAUGUGGACGUCGAGAAGAUCAUCGUGCACGAAGAGUACAAUCCGCAGAACAAGAACCAAUACAACGACAUCGCGCUGAUUCGGAUGGUGCGGGAUGUUUCGUUUUCGAGCUACAUUUCACCGAUCUGUCUGCCGGUUGCGCCGGCCGAACGGAACAAGAACAACGUCGGAACCAAGGCUGUGGCGGCUGGUUGGGGACGAACCGAAACUGCCAGCCAAAGCAGCGUGAAGCUGAAGGUCGAACUGGACAUUACCGAUUUCAAUAAGUGUGCCAGCGUCUAUCGGAACUCGCAGGUCACUCUGAGGGAUACGCAGCUGUGUGCCGGUGGACUUCGGGGCAAGGAUACCUGUUCCGGUGAUUCGGGUGGUCCACUGAUGAAACGGGUGGUCGGAAAUAUCUAUCUGUACGGAAUCGUGAGCUUCGGACCCAAUAAGUGUGGUACCAAGGAUGUGCCCGGAGUUUACACCAAUGUGCCCAAGUUUAUUGACUGGAUUCAGGCGAAGCUGCAAUAAGACUAUGAUUAAUUGACGAAAGAGGUAAUAAUGGAACAAAUUUUUAGAUGCGUGAAGUGACGUGAAAUUAUCAAUUUAAGAAGUGCCAAAAUAGAUGGUUAUUGACGGAA